AUGGUGGCUUAUAGUUUUCUUACAGAACGGAGUUUUACAUUUUGGGAAUGCCAGUGUGAGUGUCGGCCAUUCUGUGUUGGGUGUACGCCUUCCUCGUGUCGGCCAUUCUGUGUUGGGUGUACGCCUUCCUCGUGUCGGCCAUUCUGUGUUGGGUGUACGCCUUCCUCGUGUCGGCCAUUCUGUGUUGGGUGUACGCCUUCCUCGUGUCGGCCAUUCUGUGUUGGGUGUACGCCUUCCUCGUGUCGGCCAUUCUGUGUUGGGUGUACGCCUUCCUCGUGUCGGCCAUUCUGUGUUGGGUGUACGCCUUCCUCGUGUCGGCCAUUCUGUGUUGGGUGUACGCCUUCCUCCUGUCGGCCAUUCUGUGUUGGGUGUACGCCUUCCUCGUGUCGGCCAUUCUGUGUUGGGUGUACGCCUUCCUCGUGUCGGCCAUUCUGUGUUGGGUGUACGCCUUCCUCGUGUCGGCCAUUCUGUGUUGGGUGUACGCCUUCCUCGUGUCGGCCAUUCUGUGUUGGGUGUACGCCUUCCUCGUGUCGGCCAUUCUGUGUUGGGUGUACGCCUUCCUCCUGUCGGCCAUUCUGUGUUGGGUGUACGCCUUCCUCGUGUCGGCCAUUCUGUGUUAGGUGUAGGCCUUCCUCCUGUCGGCCAUUCUGUGUUGGGUGUACGCCUUCCUCCUGUCGGCCAUUCUGUGUUGGGUGUACGCCUUCCUCGUGUCGGCCAUUCUGUGUUGGGUGUACGCCUUCCUCGUGUCGGCCAUUCUGUGUUGGGUGUACGCCUUCCUCGUGUCGGCCAUUCUGUGUUGGGUGUACGCCUUCCUCGUGUCGGCCAUUCUGUGUUGGGUGUACGCCUUCCUCGUGUCGGCCAUUCUGUGUUGGGUGUACGCCUUCCUCCUGUCGGCCAUUCUGUGUUGGGUGUACGCCUUCCUCGUGUCGGCCAUUCUGUGUUGGGUGUACGCCUUCCUCGUGUCGGCCAUUCUGUGUUGGGUGUACGCCUUCCUCGGUGUACGCCUUCCUCCUGUCGGCCAUUCUGUGUUGGGUGUACGCCUUCCUCGUGUCGGCCAUUCUGUGUAGGGUGUACGCCUUCCUCGUGUCGGCCAUUCUGUGUUGGGUGUACGCCUUCCUCGUGUCGGCCAUUCUGUGUAGGGUGUACGCCUUCCUCGUGUCGGCCAUUCUGUGUUGGGUGUACGCCUUCCUCGUGUCGGCCAUUCUGUGUUGGGUGUACGCCUUCCUCGUGUCGGCCAUUCUGUGUUGGGUGUACGCCAUGUGCUGCAUGGAGGAGGCUCCCCCUGAUCAAGUCUGA